CACUACAGCGUCGAAAACAAAAUAAUAACAUUAUUAAAAUUGUUUGCUAAAUUAACUCGCUUAAUGGCAUAAACUCUGAAAACAACAUGCAAAAAGCAAUAACGUCAUUUUUUUCAAAAGCACCUCAAAAAAAGGUUGCAGAAAACACUGUAAAUGGCAAAGACAAAUCAGAGUCAACAAAACAAGUUGAGGUAAAGCCAAAGGAAGACAAAGAACCACAAAAGAAGAAAGAUGAACCCAAAGAUAGAACUAAAAAGUCUCCAGCUGCCUCUACAAAAAAAAAGGCAUCGGAUGCAGGGAAGAAAGAAAGUCCAAAAGUUGAGAAGAAAAAGAAAGCUACUCCUGUUGAAAAUGAGAAAGAAAGCCCACCAGUAAAAAACAAGAGAAGUCCAGCAGUAAAAAAUAAGAAAGAAAGCCCACCUGUAAAAAAUAAGAAAAGUCCAGCAGUAAAAAAUAAGAAAGAAAGCCCACCAGUAAAAAAUAAGAAGGAAAGCCCCCUAGUAAAAACUGAGAAAGAUACCCCAUCAGUGAAAAAUAAGAAGGAAAGCCCCCUAGAAAAAACUGAGAAAGAUACACCAUCAGUGAAAAAUAAGAAGGAAAGCCCUCCAGUAAAAACUGAGAAGGAUAAUAGCUCCCCAUUAAAAACGCCUGUCAAGAAAACUGUAAAUUCGAUAGAACAGGACUCUCCUAUUAUAAAAAGGAAGCGAGUUAACAAAGCUAGAGUCAUUGCCAGUGAUGAUGAAGAUGAUCUCAAUGAUAGUGAAACAAACGAGAAUGAAACUGUGAGCCACUUAAAUGAAAAUAAAUCUGAAGAAGAAAGCAACUCUAAUGAGGAAAAGCUAGAUAAAACACCCUUAAAAAAGGUCACAAGCAACUGUGCAGGAACGCAAACACCGGACGAUGACUGUACUGUAACUCCUGAGAAGACACCUGGUGGCUUCUAUAAACGUAGAACAGCAAGAAAAAGCAUUAGUACACCAGCUGCAGGGAAGCGCAAGUCAGAUGUGCUGUCUCCUGACGUGGCAUCCACUGCCAGCAAGAAGCUGAAGGACAGCAGCUGGGGUUCUGACAGUGACGACAGGCCUGAAGGAGGAAAAAGUAACCAGGUUAAGUCGAAGACUGAGAUCAAACUCGCAGAACGUAAAGAGGAAAGGGUGGAGGAGGACAUGGACACAGAGGAUACAGUAGAGGAUAAAGCUGGAACUGAAACGCCUAAUAAUGAAAUUAAAUCUGAGAAAAAAAAUGGCAAAGUUGAAAAAAAAUCAUCAAUUAAAACAAAACGAAAACUGCUAGAGGAGGAUAAAGAAACAAACCAAAAAGAAAAGAAAAAAACUGUUAUCAAGGAAGAGAAGACAGCUGAUGACAAAACCAAACCUGGCAACACUCCUGUGCACAGUUUUUUUGCACCAAGAAACAAUUCUAAGGGAGACAAACCAGCUGAUACACUACCUAAGGGAGACAAACCAGCUGAUACACCAUCUAAGGGAGACAAACCAGUGGAUACAUCAACAAAGGGAGACAAACCAGUGGAUACAUCUGCAACACCACCAGGCAAGAGCAAAGGGCUGAGUCUGGAGGGCAGCAAGAAGAAUGACCCUGGAGCUGAUUAUGAUCCGUCUAAGACAAAGUAUAAUCCAGUGGAGGAUGCAUUCUGGGAACACAAAGAGAAAGUACCAUACCUGGCUCUGGCACGCACCUUGGAGCUGAUAGAGAACACUUCAGCCAGGCUAAAGAUGACAGAAAUCAUGUGCAACUUCUUCCGCUCUGUGAUUGUUCUCUCCCCUGGCGACCUGCUGCACUGUGUGUACCUGUGUCUGAACAAACUGGCCCCUGCCUACCAGGGCGUGGAGCUGGGCAUUGGGGAGACGGUGCUCAUGAAGGCCAUAGCACAAGCCACAGGCCGUAAUGUGGACAAAAUAAAAGAAGAAGCUCAAGAGAAAGGUGACCUGGGCAUUGUGGCUGAGAGUAGCCGCAGCAACCAGAAGAUGAUGUUUGCCCCACCCAAGCUGACAGUCUCUGCAGUCUUCACAAAACUCAAGGACAUUGCUUCCAUGUCUGGGAACUCAGCCAUGUCUAAAAAAAUCGAGAAGAUCAAAGGGAUGUUUGUGGCAUGUCGUCACUCUGAAGCUCGCUACCUGGUCCGCUCACUUGGUGGGAAACUUCGCAUUGGGUUGGCGGAACAGUCCGUGCUUACUGCCCUUGGUCAUGCCCUGUUUUUAACUCCCCCUACUCAAGAGUACCCUCCCCCUGUUUUAGAUGCAGGAAAAGGUCUUGGACCAGAAACAUUAAAGAAAAAGUUAGAUGAGGCAGCUUUAACUAUUAAAACAACUUAUUGUGAGCUACCCAGCUACGACGCCAUAAUUCCUAUAGUGCUGGAACAUGGCCUGGAGAAUCUGAGAGAACAUUGUAAGCUGACCCCAGGUAUCCCACUGCGGCCCAUGUUGGCUCACCCAACCAAAGGUGUCAGUGAGGUGCUCAAACGUUUUGAAAACAUGGACUUCACCUGUGAAUACAAAUAUGAUGGAGAGAGAGCGCAGAUCCAUUUCCUGGAGGACGGCAAGAUCCACAUCUACAGCCGCAACUCUGAAGACAACACGUCUAAGUACCCUGACAUCAUCAAAAGGAUGCCGAAAGUUGUUGGAGCAGACGUCAAGUCUUGUGUCCUCGACGCUGAGGCUGUGGCAUGGGACGUGGAGAAGAAACACAUUUUACCUUUCCAGGUGUUGAGUACCAGGAAGCGCAAGGAUGCUGAUGAAGCCCAGAUCAAGGUCCAGGUGUGUGUGUAUGCCUUUGAUCUGCUGUAUCUGAAUGGGGAGUCUCUAGUUGACCAGCCCUUCAGGAGGAGACGGGAGCUCCUGCACUCCUCCUUCCAGGAGGUGGAGGGGGAGUUUGUCUUCGCCAAGUCUAUGGUCACCUCAAACACGGAGGAGAUCGAAGGCUUUCUGGAGGAGUCCAUUAAAGGCAACUGUGAGGGUCUCAUGGUGAAGACUUUGGAUGUGGAUGCCACGUAUGAAAUAGCUAAACGUUCUCACAACUGGUUAAAGUUAAAGAAAGACUACUUGGAUGGUGUGGGUGACACCCUGGAUGUGGUGGUUAUUGGUGGCUACCUGGGCACAGGCAAGAGGACAGGGAAGUAUGGAGGGUUCUUAUUGGCUUGUUACAAUGAGGAGAACGAGGAGUAUCAAACAAUCUGCAAGAUUGGAACUGGGUUCACUGACGAGGACUUGGAGAAACACCACAACUUCUUCAAGGAGCAGGUCAUUGACAAGCCCAAGUCCUACUACGCCUGGGACGCAGCCCACGAGCCGGACCACUGGUUUGAACCGGUUCAAGUCUGGGAGAUCAAAGCGGCAGACUUGUCGAUAUCCCCCACUCACAAGGCUGCCAUGGGGCUGGUGGACAGCCAGAAAGGAAUCUCCCUCAGGUUCCCCAGGUUCCAGAGGAUCAGAGACGACAAGAAACCUGAGGAUGCCACCACGGCAGCACAGGUGGCUGAGAUGUACAAGAACCAGAGUCAGAUCCAGAACCAGGUCAAGGCAGGGGACGGGGAGGAUGAGGAGGAUUUUUAUUAGAUCUGUGUGUGGGGGUGGUCAGUGUGUGUGG